GGUUGGUAAUUUUACAUUAAUGUAAGAUCAUAUCAGAUGAAACCUGGAUGCUUAGCUCUCGGUUUGAGUAGUUUUAAGAGAAGUUGGGCGAUUAACAGUCACUUAGCUAUAUUUUGGGAGUCGUUUGGUGACGAUACGGAGGGUCUGUCGCACGGCGUCCGUCGUCCCCUCGGUGUGCUCCCACCCCCUCCCCUGCCUCUCUGCUUGGACUGGUCCAUUUCGCAUCUGAGAAAAAUCUGAUAGUUGGAGGAGAGUUCUUCAUGCCAGGGAUUGCUUUAGCCUCAGCACACAGAGUACCAGAGCUCCCGGAUCACCUCGAGACGAGCAAAUGGACGAGAAGGAGCUGAGCGAUCCCCCGAAUAACGUCUCCGUCAUCCAAGAUGACUUGAGCGGGUCAAACGUGGGGUCCUCUGGUGACUCGGAGAAAAUGAUCCAGCGCUUGAACGAUGAACUCGGGGAAGCCCGGGAGCUCGCAUACACUGAGAAGCACAAAAGCGCGGAGCUACAAGGUAUCCUGCAGGACGAGAGAAAAGAAAAUAAGCAACAAGCUGAUGAGUCGGCAAAACAGAUAAACCAUCUUCAAGGCCAGCUGCGGCAGCUCCAAGAGGAAACGGCCGCUCUCAGAGAGCAGAUGGACGACGGCGCCGCCGGGUCGCGCGAAGAGCUGCAGGGCGCUCGCGACGAGGUCAAGGCGCUGAAACGCGCCUUGGAGGCGGCCGCCGGCGAGCGGGACUGUGACGUUGCCGCCGCCAAGGCCAACCUGGCGACGGUCUCCAAGGAUCUGGACAAAUGGCGCCAGGCGGCCGACAAAUACGAGCGAGAGAUCGCCGACCUGCAGCGUGACCUCCAGCAGCAGAGCAAGCAGUGGCAGAAAACUGCAGAAAUACAAGCCAGCGAGCUGCAGUCCAUGCAGGCGGAGUGCAACGGCCUCCAGAAGGAGUGUUCGGCCCUGCGAGCCGAAAGGCAAGACGUGGCGAGCAAGCAGCAGAAGGAGAGGAGCGGCCUUCAGACAGAGUGUGCCUCCCUCCGGUCCGAGAGGGAGGAACUUCUCAAGACCCACCAGAGAGACAAGGGCAACCUGCAGGGCGACUGUGCGGCCCUGCGCUCCGAGAAGGAGGCCGCGCUGCAGAGGCAGCAGCAGCUGGAGAAGGAGCUCGCCAGUUCACGCGCCCAGAAUGCGGAGCUGAGCGACAGCCUCAAAGCCCUGGAGAGGUCCCAGCAGGAGCUGGAGAAGAGGCUGGCGGCCCUGCAGCUCCAGCACCAGCAGGACAGCAGCAAGCUGCAGACCCAGCUGGAGGAAGCGGACGGCCACAGCAAGGCUCUGCAGAGAGAGUACGAAGAGGCGAAGGCGGAGCUAAAGGAGCUAAAGGAGAAACAUGAGCAGACCGAGCAGGAAAAGCAGUCGCUCGCAGACGAGUUUGAGGAGUGCAAAGCCAACAUGGAGGAACUGAAGGAGAAGGGGACGAAGACGUCCACAUUGCUGCCCGUUCAAGCCGUAGUCGUCGGCCUUGUCCUGGCUGUGCUGUAUUGGUGCUUCGGCGCAUUGUGGUAGAAAGAAGCUGUGGUUGAUCUGGGGGCCCGUCGUAGCCGUGGCUCUAACGGCUGUGACUGCUGCUGUGCUCUUCAGGACCUGAGGGCACACACAUGCACACACAUCCACAUUCAUCAUCAGAUUUCUCCGCACCUGAGGAAAAAACUUGCCCCCUUAUCAUAUCUGCACUUUUAAUUAGGAGGGCUCAUACUAAACACUGUUUAAUUUCUAAGAUGCUCUAUUUUAGAUGAGACGUUAAUAAAAGUGUCAGUUUUGUGUGCAAAAUGAAUAAGUUUGUUUGUAUCCCUAUUAUUGUUAUUAUUAUUUGAGUUGCCAUCAUGACCUCUAGGAUCAUCCAUUAAUGAAUGUAUAAAGAUACGCUACACUAAUUAGUUCUAAAUAAAUCUGUCGAUGAUAUUUUAGGUUUGAUCGCCUCCCUAAAUGUAACGCCUCUCUGUAACUGUCGGAAUAAUAAAUAUUGUCACAAUAAUAAUGCAAUAAAUAGUCCGUUAAUGGUGGCGGUGGGCACUGCGGAGAUAUUUUAUCACU